GCCGCUGCGGCAGGGAGGGGAGCGGGACCCCCGCGCGCCCCUUCCCGGAGAUGACACCAGUUACUCGACAAGAAGUUCUUGGUCUUUACCGCAAGAUAUUCCGAAUAGCCAAAAAUUGGCAAUCUGCAUCGGGACAGAUAGAAGAAACUAUUAAAGAGAAACAGUACAUUAGAAGUGAAGCCAGAACAUUAUUCCGAAAAAACAAAAACGUAACAGAUGCAAAGAUGAUUAAACAGUGUAUAGAAGAGUGUGAGGCAAGAAUAGAAAUUGGACUUCACUAUAAUAUCCCCUACCCAAGACCUAUUCAUCUGCCUCCUAUGGGUCUUGCUUCUAAACAAGGCCGUGCAUUUCGACACCAGGAAAAGCUGAGGAAAUUUUCCAAGCCCAUAUACCUGAAAUCCCAUGAUGAUAUUUCAUAACUCAUCAUUCAAGCUGUGAUGUGUUUGGACUCUAAUCCUGCAACUCUUUUUUUUUUGUACAACUGUGAAUGCAGCUGUUUUGGUCACAUGCUCACACAUUUCCUGAGGCCACUAAAUACAAUGCAUAUGAUGGAUAAGGUUGGUCUGGUAUUUAUUACAAUUCACUGAUGACUGAUCAAUAAAAGUAUAAGUUUUCAAGGAGGGAGGUGUUAUGCGAAGAUUACUUUAACAUUAGGAAAAAUUACAACAGUUUCUAAAACACUGCUGAUCCCUGAGAGCAGAGUUCUUCGGCAGUUAGAAUGGAGACUAUUGUGCUCAACUGCGAUUCAAGGUAGURCCUUACAUAAGGGUCAGCAAAAAGCAAAAUGUCCAAGAGAAUCAAGCAGACCCAGUGCCUCCAGAGCCUCCGAUUGCAAGUAUGAAUUUCUUUCUUUUGGAAAGGAAGUGGGUGCUGAAAGAUAAAGUCUGGAAUUCCAUUACACAACUAAGACUAAAACAAUAGUGUUGGGUUGCUCGUGUUCUCAUAAAUGGAUGGAGGAAAAACUUUCUCAGCUGGGUAGCAAUAAAGGAAUAAGCUUUAGGUGCUUUCAGGAGCAAAACCAACAUAUSUCAUUUUCCAAGAUCUCCAACUCAUCAGUAAAACCCUAGUAGAAGAUGGCAAAGAGAUAUUCUUGUCUAUCAUAAAAAAAAAGGGGRAAAAAUAAAUAAAACCGAUGGUAUGGAAGAGCCUAACAGUUCCUCCCUCCAGAAUGUACUUUUAAGAGUAAGAGAGAUACAGGCCAAUGAAUGAGAAAGUAAAAGGAAAUAAUCAGAAGUGCUAGUCAGCAUGGCAGGUACCGGCUAGCCCAAUUUCUGACUACUCUCUGGCUUCAGUCCACAAAAGAAUUAUUCCCAUGUAAUUAUUUCCUGGGAAUGUCGCAUGUGGGUAAUACCUUCUACUGAACAUGUAAAAUGUCAUUGUUCUGCUUCUCACUGAAGUUCUACAAACUUACUGCUGACAGAAAAACACAGUCUAAAUAGUCUUUUCCUAUCCUCAUUCUGAUACACUAGCRUGGAGAUGCUUCAACUCAGCCAAACCAACAUGUGUAAAGACACUUUUGAAUGGAAGUUUAGACUCAGUCUUUGUUGUGAAGCUAUGCCUUGACACUUUUAAUUUGUAAAAUUCAUGUGUCUAAUUAAGGUAGCGAUACUGUGACUCACAGACAGUAAAUGAGCGGUUUAAAUAUACUGCC